AUGAGUACACGAAGAGACUACAGAGGAUAUGAAGAAUUAAUUAAGGAAGAGGAGCCUUCUGCUCCAAUAUUGGGUAAACCAAAGUUGAGCAGAAACGGAACAGUUCCAGCUGCUGCUAAGUUCUUUAGUUCUUCGUCUAAGAAGGUGACGUCCGAGGAGAAUUUCCGAGCGACUACUCAGUUAAAGGAAGCGAAAAAAGCGAGCAAGAUUCAUCCAAUAUUCAGUCUUUUUGAAACAAAGAAGAAGAAGAAGGCAACUGCAAGGCCUGAAUUCUCAAGGUAUAUUCAGUAUGUUAGAGAUGGAGGUUUUGGAGAUGUGUUGCAGACUACUUCAUCCAAAUCCAACAUGGAGGCAGUAAAGUGA